AUGGUGGCCUUAUUCUUCGUCAUCUCUGGUUAUGCACUGGGCUAUCGAUUCCUCGUUCUCAUCCGCAAACGGGACGCGGACCGAAUGCUGACCGCUCUGGCAUCUUCAACGUUCAGAAGAUAUAUCAGACUGUAUGCGAGCACCGGACUUGCAUGCCUCAUAGCACUGGUACUGGUGCGGCUACGCAUGGAUGACGGUAUGCGUGCACCGAUACACAAGGAAACUUUCAUGGAUCAGCUAUGGAACUGGAUCUUCGACCUCGUCCGGUUCUGCAAUCCCUUUGCGGAAAUCAUAGGAUGGGUGAACCCAAAGGUUUUCGAUUCAAAGUAUCUCGGCCAGAUGUGGAGCAUUCCUGUCGAAUAUCGAGGGAGUGUGGCCCUUUUCUCAUUCUGUACCGCAGCCUGCAAACUUACAGCUCGAGAUCGAAUGAUACUGACCUGGAUUGUUAUCGUUGUCUGCAAUGUAUGGCAGGCUGUCUACAUCUCUGGGUUCAUGGCUGGCCUCUUCAUCGCGGAUCUCUCCUUGAAGCGGCACCCCGAGCGCCUGGCCAAGCAAAUACCAUCUAAUACACCAAGCGGUCGACUGAACACAGCAGAAAAUUUUUCCUCCAGGGUGCGACUAGGAUAUGUCUGGCUCUUCAUGCUGGGUCUGUUUCUGUCGAGUCAGCCCGACGAGGUGAACCUCGGCAUACUAGGACCCUAUCCCUGGAGGUUUCUGAAAGGCCUUGUUCCAGCCUGGUGGGACAAAACAAGAGGCCACCUUUUCUGGAAUGGCAUCGGCGCCCUUAGCCUUACAUACGCAUUGGAAUUCUACCCUUCUCUACAAAAGCCCUUACAUUGGCGAUUCUCACAGUACCUUGGGGAUCUUUCGUUUGGAAUCUACGCGACACAUCCUCCGGUUUACAUCGCCGUCUGCCAGCGGAUGCUUCAACCUUUUCGGCAGCACUACCUGGGCGAUUCCUACAUCGCUUACUUGCCCGGAUUCUUGAUCACUCUUUGGGCUGUCUUCACUGUUGCCGAUUACUUCAGCCGUAUCGACAAAGCCGUGGUCAACUUUGCAAGUCGGGUUCAGAAAACAUUGUUUCUCGACCGGUAG